CUAAGAUCUUCUGCUUAUUUGUUGAAACAGUGCAGCAAUCUGCUAGCUGAAAGUUUUUAGUCCUGCAAUAAAGGCACUUCAAGUUACAUGAAAAAAUGUCUUCUCUAAGGAAUGCGAUCAGUAGACGGGCUCACAAAGAACGAGCUCAGCCGAAUGCUAGGAAGAAGUUUGGGCUUCUAGAAAAGCAUAAAGACUAUGUCUUGCGUGCAACGGCAUAUCACAAGAAGGAGGAGACUUUACGGAAACUCAAGGAGAAAGCAUCAUUCAGGAACCCAGAUGAAUUUUACUUCAAGAUGAUUAGGACAAGAACAGAGGGUGGAGUUCAUAAACCAGAGAGUGAGGCCAAGAAGUACACUAAUGAGGAACUCAUGCUCAUGAAGACCCAAGAUAUAGGAUAUAUCUUUCAGAAAAUUCAAAGUGAAAAGAAGAAAAUUGAGAAGCUAGGUGCCGUGCUGCAUUCUCUUGAUAAUCAGGCACCUAACAAGCACAUCUAUUAUGCUGAAGAUAGGGAAGAAGCUAAAGAAAUACGAUUACAAGCUCUGCCAAGGGUUAAGUUACUUGCUUCUGAGGAUGUCCCAGAUCAUAUUAAGAGGAAAACAGCUGUUUCAUACAGAGAACUGGAGGCAAGGAAGAAGAGACUAAAUGACCUAGAGAAACUGUAUAUGGACAUGGAAUUGAAAAAGGAACUGCAGAAAAAGGGUCGGAAACGCAAGCUUCGUGAAGAUGAGAUUGUUUGCCCAACUUCCAAACCUGUAUAUAAAUGGCGAAAGGAACGGAAGCGAUAAUGAAGUAAAGAGUUUUUUCGGUUCCUGCAUCUCUCUGGCAACUUUUCAUCUCCGUUGAUCCAGUAGUUGAACUUGCUUUGGAGGGUAUUUAGAAAUAACUGUUCAGGGGGUUAGGUGGAUGUCCUGGGAUGAGGUCAAAACCAGUUUCCUGAAAAGGCCAAAUUUCCCUUCUCUGGAAGCUGAAUCAUUUCUCCUGAGAAAGCUGGAUGAUAAUGGAGAAACUAUGAAGCAGUUGGUAUUUCUGCAAAAAAAUACAUAUUCUGGACCUUAGGAAUAAACUGUUGGUGAUCACUUUUCCAGCUCUGAUUAUUUCUUUUUGAUAUGUAUGAUUGUUAAUAGAUGAUAAUGCUCUGUUUUUGUCA